ACCUCCUCCCAGUCACUCAGUAUCCACCCUCUCAUUGUCAGUACCCACCCGCUCCCAGUCAGUACCUCCCCUCUGUGAAUCCUUUUAUAGCGCCCUCCCAGCUGCCCACAUCUGUGCCUUGCUUCUGUCUGCUCCAGCUGCCCGGACUCCACGCUCAUUACCUGCACACUCCUUCCUAAUCCCCGGCAUCAGCCUUCUCCAUGGCGGAUUAUCACAAACCCGACCAGCAGACCCUGCAGGGCCUGAAAGACACGGCGAACCGUCUGCGGAUACUGUCCAUCAGGGCGACCACCGCUGCGGGCUCAGGGCAUCCAACAUCAUGCUGCAGUGCGGCCGAGAUUAUGUCUGUGCUGUUUUUUCAUUCCAUGAAGUAUAAAGCCCAAGAUCCAAGAAACCCAAGCAAUGACCGUUUUGUGAUGUCUAAGGGUCACGCAGCUCCGAUUCUGUAUGCUGCCUGGGCAGAAGCUGGUUUUCUGCCAGAAUCUGAGCUUCUAAAUUUGAGGAAAAUUGACUCCAUCCUUGAAGGUCACCCAGUGCCUAAACAAGAAUUUGUAGAUGUGGCCACAGGAUCCUUGGGACAAGGUUUGGGUGCAGCUUGUGGCAUGGCAUACACAGGGAAAUUCUUUGACAAAGCCAGUUAUCGAGUGUUUUGCCUGCUCGGAGAUGGUGAGUCCUCAGAGGGUUCCGUUUGGGAAGCCAUGGCAUUUGCUGGAUUUUACAAGCUGGACAAUCUGGUGGCCAUCUUUGAUGUUAACCGCCUGGGUCAAAGUGACCCAGCUCCUCUGCAGCACAAAGUGGACAUCUACCAAAAACGCUGUGAGGCUUUCGGAUGGCACACAGUAGUUGUGGAUGGCCACAGUGUGGAGGAACUGUGCAAAGCCUUUACUCCAGUGAAGAAUCAACCUACAGCCAUCAUUGCCAAGACAUUCAAGGGCAAAGGGAUUUCAGGUGUGGAAGAUAAGGAAAACUGGCAUGGCAAACCCCUUCCUAAAGAUUUGGCUGAAAAGUCUAUUAAAGAGAUCGAGAGUAAAAUCAGCAACAAGAAGAAGUUGUCACCUGCUUCCCCGGAGGAAGAUGCCCCCGCUGUCAGCAUCAAGAACAUUAAAAUGUCCUCACCACCCAGCUUCAAACUUGGAGAAAAGAUUGCCACUCGCAAGGCAUAUGGUCUCGCCCUUGCCAAGCUGGGCAAGGCAAAUAACAGAGUGAUUGCUCUGGAUGGCGAUACCAAAAACUCUACAUUUGCCGAGCUUUUCAAGAAGGAAUACCCAGAUCGCUACAUUGAAUGCUACAUUGCUGAACAAAACAUGGUAAGUGUGGCUGUUGGCUGCACCACUCGGGAUCGUACUGUGGCAUUUGCCAGUGCAUUUGCGACUUUCUUCACUAGAGCAUUUGAUCAGAUUCGUAUGGCUGCCAUUUCGGAAAGCAACAUCAAUCUUUGUGGCUCACACUGUGGAGUUUCCAUUGGGGAGGAUGGGGCAUCUCAAAUGGGUUUGGAAGAUAUCGCUCUGUUUCGAACUAUUCCCACUGCAACAGUAUUUUACCCAAGUGAUGCGGUUUCUACAGAAAAAGCUGUAGAACUGGCUGCAAACACAAAGGGAAUAUGCUUUAUAAGGACAAGUCGCCCUGAAAAUGCAGUUAUUUACAGCAGCAAUGAGGAAUUCAAAGUAGGACAAGCAAAGGUGGUUGCACACAGCAAGGAUGAUCAAGUAACGGUUAUUGGUGCUGCUGUUACGCUUCACGAGGCCCUGGCUGCAGCUGAGCAGCUUAAAAAAGAAAAUAUUCAUAUCCGAAUCAUUGAUCUAUUCACCAUCAAACCACUGGACAGAAAGACUAUCCUUGAGAACGCCAAGGCAACCAAGGGACGGAUCAUUACUGUGGAGGAUCACUACCGUGAGGGAGGGAUUGGAGAAGCAGUAUCGGCUGCAGUGGUCGGUGAGCCGGGUAUCACAGUCAAAUCCCUGGCAGUGUCUCACGUGCCCCGCAGUGGUAAACCUGCUGAGUUACUCAGGAUGUUUGGCAUUGACAAGGAUGCCAUUGUGGAGGCAGUCAAAGCUGCCGUAUCCCAGACAACCAACUCUGUUUAGACCCCGGCGGCUUUCCACAGACAGAGGAGGGCCUUUUACUGUAACCAUAUAAUCACCUUUUUAUUUCAUUAAAAAACAGAUUCAGUUCCA